CAAGAGCCAGACGCAACAAGAACAUCACGAGUGACUAAUUUCUGUCACAGCAUCUUCUCAACGGAAGAAAUGCAACAUCGGUCGUGUAUCUUCUAGAUCUACUGCUCUUCGGUACUAUCGGUCCAUCGAAAUGCAAGGCAAUGAUCCUGGUGACCAAGAAGUUCUAGUACCCUACCUCCAACGCACCCCAACAUCACCUUUCCACACAACCUGUAGUGGCUAUCUUGAGUUGAUAGUUGUGCAUCUCUUCAGUCAGCGAAAAACAAUAGAAAUGAUUGGAGUUGUUACGAACAUUACCACCGUCAUACGUGUACGAGACACGACUUGUAAGACUUCCCAUAUAGGUGUAGCUCUUCUAGUACUAUAUGAUUUUCCCUGCCCUUUUCGUCUUCAGUCGAUGCAAGUAUUUGUAUCUCAUAACGUUCAUGUUGUCCAUAUUUCUUUUGCUUAGGCGAGAUGAUUGACGAUUUACCUAAAUAGCUACAACGGCAGCCACCUUUCCUCAAACUCAAAGAUUUCAGCCUCAACACAAAACUCCUAGCAGACAUAGAUAAACAUAGUCAUAGUUUUGGAUCCCUUUCCUCAACAGCACGACACUCAUAGUUCUUCUUCCAAAAAAAUGAGGGCAGGAGGCUCGUCAACGGGUGAGCUCUUCCGCCGAGCAAGCCAACAGGUCGUGACGGAUACAGAUGGCCCCUCUGACAUGGCAAAUGAUACCGUGAGCGUCCUCCGUUCGCAGUUCGGAUUGAGAUGUUUUGGUACUUACACAUGGCUACAGGUAGUUUUGGAUCGAUUGUUUUGGUACUUACACAUUAAAUACAUAGCUAAAAAAGGUAGUUUUGGAUUGAUCAUAUGUUUCGGUACAACUUGUUCAAAGUUAGUAGAAGUUCGUUGGUUUUGAACAAAAUAAACACUCCAGGUCUGGACAAACACAUGAUGAAGCUAAUGGGUCUCUGUUCCCAAGUGGAUACCAUCGAUAUGGAACUGCUGGACCAAGCCGCAGACCAACUAAAAACUCCACUGACCUAUUCACGGUUAGUUAUGGAACAGCAACAGAAACUAUAACUACUCCAUUAAGUCUAUGUCUAACUAUCAUAUUCAACUUGAUAGUGAUGGACCUCCACCUGGAACAAGAAGUGUACUACAACUACCUAGAAGAGUCUAGAAUCUUUGAGCUGUGGCUAGGCUUCUAAUGCUACUGAUUCGAAAAGAAGAGAUGACGAGCAAAACAAUAUUACUAAAAACAUGCAACCGAACAAACAAUUACAAUUUCUUCUUCUACUCUCUCCCAGCAAAUAAACAAAUAGAAACUUCUAAUCUUCACCUCGGAGAAAAAGCGUGGCAACUAAUGGUCUGGAAGCGGCAUUUCAAGAUAGUGUUGCCUGACCAUUUAGAGCUGAAAGACCUGAAAGAAGGGGUCGCGCCGCUGUAUCUUCAACAGUUAUGUCCUUCUUUUUUUUUUGAAUUUUUUUUUUUCAAAUUGCAUCGGGGAAACAACAAGUAGACGAAGUAGACUCUGUAGUAAUUCUUGAUGUACUUAAUUAAGUAUCUUUAUAAUUUGAAUUUUCUUUAUGCAAGUCGUCCAUCAUCCUCUGAGGCGAGCAGGUGCCGGCGGGGCUCGUUGUGCAGGAUCCAUAACCUAACCUAACCUAUACCCUUACCCGAUGAACAAAACGCUGCCAACUUGUAGCUGUAGCUGUGCGAGUCAAAUUUAAACUACUCGAUAGUUCGAGUCAAGAGGAUAACUACUCUAGUACAACUUUCGUCCCCCUCCCCCCGUUACAACCGUCACACAUGUAAUAGAUACAUGUAAGUAGUUUCUUCUAACGGAAGUCGCAACAGGAAAAGGUUUUGACCCUCUGUUCGGCGAACCAAAAGUGCCGGCGAGAAUUCGUGCAAAAGAUAUAGUUUUGGGUUUCCAUGAGAAAUUGAAAGCGCCACCUGAAACUGUAGCAGCUGUCAAAGACGGCUCUUCUGGUGGAGGUAAGAAUGGUGCAGGAGAUGCUAAUCAUGGUAAUGGAGGAGGAAAUGGGUCCUCAGCCAGUAGCACAGGAGGUGCUGCUAGUGGGAAAAUAAGUACUCAUCAAAUUUCUUGUUGUUCUUCUGCUGGGACAGUUGGAUCACGAAGAAGAAUUUUCCAAAGAAGACCAGCGCCGACACCUUAUUUCACCAUCAAGAUGAUUUACUUUAUCCACUCCAUCACUUGGCAUCACAUCACCUAUGAACGAAGAUUGUACCAAAAGGAUUUCGAUAAUCACACCACCACAGAAUCCGGCGCCGCAUCAAAGGGCCCACGCACCGCCUCAAAGGGCAAGACUAAAGCAAAAAGUCAACCCGUCAACGUCAAGACUACUCUUGUCGCAGACUCUAAAUCCAUAGAAGAUGAGACACCGGAAACUACAGAGCCGACUGGUACUGUCGUUUUCGUGUUGUUCUUGCUAGCGUCGAUGAUGAGAAUGAAAUAGUGUGCUGACAACUGUAUUUUUUUUGGAUCGGGCUCCCUCGGCGCGAGGACAAAAGGAAGUAAUAUUAUUAACGUCGUUUUGUUUCUAACUAAUCGAAAUAUUUUACCACUCAUUAGGUCCUCCAGUCCCGGCUGACCCCGUUUUCCUAGAGUGGGCACCAGUCACUGAAACGCAAGCAGCGACAGUUUGGAAAAUAGGCGAGGAUAGUCUGCAUCCUUCCGACAAGAUCGUCUUUUUCAAGCCUCUAGCCCAACUGGUCUUCCGAACACCCGACGCAAGGGAGAUUGUGGAUAAGGAGGCCGUUUUCACGCAUUUGCUCUUCGUGGAGAGCAUUUUGAUAGGCUGUCGCAUCGAGAUUGAUCGGGACACAGGUCUCGUUACGCACGAUAGUAGAACUGUGAAGACAGAGUUGGACAUGGAGGAGGAUGGAAAGUUAAGGAUUUGGACUACAGUAAGUUAGUAUUUCCUAUCUUCCUCUGGUCUUUCUUUUUGUUUUUUCUAGUUAGGCCGGCUCCACCACAAAUUCAAAUAACAUCUUUUUAAAGAUCUCUUUUGAGAAGGUCAUCGACAUCGUAGAGGUAGACGCAGAAGGUGAGAAGGUUGUAGCUCAUCUUCGCGCUCAGUCUGUCUCAUUAUGCCCUAUUUCUAACCUUAUCUUUCUGAAUAUCAAGGGGAUUUCGCUUAGCCUUAUCCUUGAUGUCCUACCUUACUCUCUAAUCUUAGUUUUGGGCAGACGUGAGAGUACGAUAAGUCGAGUCCGUCGUACGUUUCAUCGGGCGAUCCAGCGACAAGAUGAUCUGAAAGCAAAGGAGGUUGCGAUAGGCAAGAAAAUCGAUGCACGAGGUCUGCAGAAGUGGAUAGAAGACUGUUUGAAGGUACUUAUAUUUGCGUAGAGGUGAGAAGACUGCUUGAAAUUGAUAUAGCUUUUUCUUCUUCGCUAUGCAUUUUUUUUGCCUUCGUUCUUGCUAAUACAAACAUUCGCGUAAUUAUGGUUUAUAACCGAUAGAUAUGCGCAAAACGUCAACAUUUCAAUCUUGCUCUCUAGCCUGUGCCUGACAUACUUAUUCAGAACGCCAUCCCCGUGAACUGGGAAGUCGGACCUGUCACUUUGAGGAGAACAGAGGACGUGAAGCGGCGCAUUUUUUCGCAGCAUGUCCCAACAUGCACUCGAGGGCAUACGCUAUUCGUCCAAAGAUACGAUGAAGUGCAUUGGAGCGCGACAAAAGAGAUGCCCUGUCGUGUAUGCAAAAAAAUGCAAGCGUACGUUACGGCCUCAGAUGAUGAAGAUGGACAAAGUCUAAUUCGAAUUUUCUAUCAGAUCAAGACUGCUCGCUCUUGCAUCAAUGUAUUUACUAGCUCGCUCUCGCAUCCAUGUACUAUAAUUCACUUUCAUCCCAUAUCAAUUUUCUCUAUUUUCGUCUUUCUCUACUUGUUGGAAGGAUCCCUGUCCUUGGGAAGAAAAUAUGAUCGCAGUAGAUGAACUAGAAGAAUGUAAAAAAUAGUGAAUUCUCUACUUGUUGGGAGGAUCCCUGUACUUGGAGAGAAAAUAUGAUCGCAGUAGAUGAACUAGAAGAAUGUAAAAAAUAGUGAAUAUGAACGAAGUAGAACUAGAAGAAUGUAAAAAAUAGUGAAUUCUCUACUUGUUGGGAGGAUCCCUGGUGUACUUGGAGAGAAAAUAUGAUCGCAGUAGAACCAGAAUGUAAAAAAUAGUGAAUUAUUGUCGGGCAGCUCUAACAACACCUUGGAAACGUGUAAGAGUCGUUGCGAGUUUUACGGUAUCUGCCAGAAUUGUGCGGCAGAAUGGCAGAAAAUCGACAUGAGGCUCAAGGAGGAGUAUCAAGCGUCGAUCAAGCGUGAGAGCGCUUAUUCCCGGAUUGAGGUCGCUUUUCCUCUUAUCGCGCCAGAACUGAACCCGCCAACUUUCAUUCGGUUUCAGGUACUUCUGCUAACUGCCUAGUAUCAAUUUACGACACUAAAGCAGACUAGUUGACGUUAGAAGGGAAAUUCUAGGCACAUUGACAUUCGAAAAACUCAAAAUAACCGAGUCACUGACUGAAAAAAGGGAGGUAGCUUAAUAUCAAGGCUACUCUUCCUUCUCAUCAGUAUCUCGCUUAUUCUGAUCAGUUACUUGCUUAUUUCAGUUUUUCGAAUAGUUGGCCCAAUGAAUAGCCUUUAGGUUGACCACUAGAGCGAUUACUUAAAGAACAUGCUCGCUUUCCUCUGCGUCUGCCUAAAAAAACAGAUCUGUUUGAAUAUGCCGUACGCCGAUUAUUUGAGGAACCCCUAUGAAGUGGAUACGAGGCUCAUCAGCGAGAUGGCUUCCUUGCUGGAUGAAGGCGGCAUUUCCGAACUGGGUGUCGCUUCGCAGCUAGCAGUAGUAGGAUGUACCGAUCACAUGGGUUUACAGUCGAAACUGGAUAUCAUUCUUUAUGGCCUGAACUACGUGAACUCGCCCUGCGUAUGUCGUGAUAGAUGUAUCACCAUUGCUUUUUGAAAAAAAAUCUGAAUUUUGUUGGUUUUGUUUUCUUAGCGUUUCAGUCAAAACUGUUCUGAUUCUGAAAGGUGCGAGAGAGUGGGCCUCUCCCUACCGCCGCCAUAUUCAAUGGCUGCACUAAGCAAUAAAUCAAUGACUAACACAUACAGCAACAACACGACCUCCUCUCGCUCUCUUCUUCUUCUAAUCUCUAGCACAUCCCAGAUUCCGAACGCAUUUAGCGAGUUCAAGGCAUUUCCGACAGCCUUUUGCGAAGGAUUCCGUGUCCUUGAAUUGGCUACCACAGCACGAAAACCUAUUUCACCUAGCUACGGUUCUACUAGAUCGAGUGGAAGCGUUGCAGCAGCAGAGGAGCAAGUUAUGUUUAGCGAGGUGUGAAAGUUAAUACGGUUACAAUUUUGAUUUUCAAUAUUCGAAGUUAAGAAUGAGAUGAACUUUUAGUAGGAAAAAGAUUGUCUUUAUUGACUUUCGCUUGUUGUAGUUCAAAUACAGUGAAAAUGAGGAGGAUCGUGUCCAGAUGGUGUGAAACCAGACACCGAGUAGAUACAGAACUGAAACUAGACAAACCUCCAUCCUUUCGUUGAAAAUGCUUUAAGCACUGGCAUCCUUUCCGCAGCUGCCGCAAAGAGUAAGGGCCGUGAGGACAUAAAAGGGAAGUAUCCGCUUUUCUCUGUGUGCAGGAAACUCCUGCUACAACAAGCCGUCUGUGCGAGAAGAGGGUUUGAGGAAUUGUUGUACUCAUUAAGGCUUCAUCUCCUACUUCAUCUCUUCCAGAAGUAGCAUCUCAAGGGCAAGGCUGUCCUUACUUUCUCUUCCAGAAGUAGCAUCUCAAGGCUGUCCCGUAAGGGAAAGACACAUCCGAGAUAGAAAACAGAUCCGAGAUGAAAAAUGGCAAGAUGGAUUGGGGUUCUGAGGUCUUCUAAUCUCAAAGCCACCACCAGAAGGAGUAGAGCCUAAGCAAGGCAGUCCUGCAAAAGCCCCAGGAUCGAAGGACGGACCGAUCUGCAAAGAAGUGCCGCAUACUAUUCCGCGAGAGCUAGUGCCGCAGAGCCGACUAGUGUCUUGUCCUAUGGUUUGCGGUAUCGAUGUGGUGGAUACGCAAUUGGCCACGCAUAAGCUCAAACUCUGUAAAAAGAGGAAUGCAGAGUGCGACUUGGGAUGUGGGACGAAACUAGUGUACUAGUACUGUGAGGAGGACUUUCAUUGUUAAGCAGAAAUACUGCUCAACACGAUGUGAGACCGUCACUCCUUAUCGAUGAUCGUCACUACAAGUACUUACAAAAAUUUCCUCAUAGUCUCUGUCAACCUCCUAAGGUAGUUGUCAUCCAAAUAUGGAGGAAAUACAAUUUCCACUUCUUCAUCGCAUCAGGUACGAAGAAAUGGAGCAACACAUGGGGCAGGAGUGUCCUAAUCGUGGUGUGUGCUGCCCAAUGUGCAACAACGUGAUCCAGGCAAAAAUGAUGAAGGAACACGCUCAAACCUGUGCCUAUCGACCGAUGGUAUGCGAACGUUGUGGAUCCGAAUAUUAAGGCUACUCCGCUAGAGCAUGUCCUUUCUAACAGAAAGAAUCCAUCGUCCUUGGAUCUUCUUUUUCUACUUGAGAAAGUAGAACGAGAACCCUCCUCCAAAGGAUACUUUCACUCUCAAAAAGGAAGAUGCGAACGCGGUAGCUCUAAGAUUACCCAUUGUGCCGUCAGGAGGAUCACAACCGGGACUGCCCUCAGCGCGAGGUCAUCUGUAACUGGUGCGGGGAUGUUGUGAUUUUAUGGCAGGAUUCUUGGAUCAUGAAACUCAUGCUAGCAGACCACCAGUGUAUUGUUCGCAUGGUGCAUCGAGUGGCAUGGAGUGCAUGAACCACUUCCACGCGUGUGAAACGAUAGUGAAUGAUAAAAAUAGUCAUGUGAAUGGUAAAAAUAGUCAUGCGAAUGAUAAAAAUGAUCAUGUGAAUGAUAAAAAUAGUCAUGUGAAGGAUAAAGGUAAUCAUGUGAAGGAUAAAGGUAAUCUUUCUAAUCCCUGCCUGCAGACUGCUCCGACCGCACAAGCGAAGGGAGUGCAGAAUGCGGUACCAACUGGCGAUCGAACUGAAUGACGCCAUCUACAGAUGCAACCUAGAGGAAGUGCAACGUUUGCUAGAAGAUGGUUGUCUCCCUACGACCAAAUUCGACGCAGUGCAAGAGCAAGAGGAUCUACUAGAACAUGGAAAUAACAAACUUCGUACUUCUAGUAGUCCGAUUUUGGCAACACGCACGACUGCUCAGUCAACAAUAAGUAGAAUGUCACCACAUGCACGUCACGGAUCAACAGAUCCAACUCUUCCAGCAGAGGUUGCUCAACAUCCACCUAACAUGAUCAAAGGGCAACAAGAUUCAGACUCUGAAUUUUGUCGUUCGAACUUUGUGGGAUUGUCUCUUCAUGCUGCAGCGGUCGUCGACCAACUGGAGAUCUGUGAACUUCUCCUAGCACGUGGCGCAGACCUCUAUGCCGUCGACAAGUUCGGCCGAACAGCCUUGCAUGUAGCUGCAGCAUAUUUAAGGCUUGUUAUUCAAGAUUCUUGAAGGAGAAAAGAAGAACCAAGAACAGGAUGCUUUUCAAGAGCAUUUCCAACUUAUCAGGAAUGAUAUAAAACAAUUUAUUGUGCUGCGACAUAAAACACAACUUGCACCACCUCGCGCUAGGCACAUUCAUUCACUUAUUCAAGAUGAAUUAAGGUAAGCUGCUCUAACAUGUGGCGCGUGUGCCGUUUUGGAUGCUCUUCUGGUAGCAGACGCAAAGAACGCACUAGAAGACCAUCAAAUCGCAAACAAGCAGAAAAAGUCUUCGUACAACAAACAAGGAGCUCCUGCUUCUCGUCCAGAACUAGCAGCAGCACGAGAUGAAUUCGGAAGAACUGCUCUUUUUUUAUGAAAGGAGAGAGUGAGUUGUAGUACUACGUGUUGAGAACUGGCACGACUAUAAUUUAUUAACAAACUGAUAAACCUCUUUGUGUGCAUAUUCUUCAUACUCAUAGUAACUGCAUCUCAAUUUCUGUCAAAACGACGUAAAAUCAAGAUCAACUGCCAACUGGAUCUGGAGGCUAUCCCGCUCCCUUUCUUAUUCCCUCAAGCCCUCUGGAGCACUCUCGCUCUCCCGUGUCGCAUGAUGCCACUAGUACAGGUAGAACUCUAAUCCCUCUAGCGGGAUUCCAUCAGCGCAACGCCUGUGUGGAUCUUUUGCAUGACGUUUCUCCGUACACCCCACGAACCGAAAAGCAGUGCGAUUCGCUGUUGAACAUUCUGCGGUACGACGAACGAAAAGAACAGACCUUCGCGUACCUGAAAAAGUUGCCGAAUAGGUGAAGGUGAUCACCGGUGACUUGGUGAGGUCCUCAAGUUGAGGAGAGGACAAUUAUUACACCAGAGGAGGACAACUUCACUUGUUGUUUUGAAGAAGGAAGAACGAUAUGAACAUGAUAGCAACCUCAACUACUACUUCAGAUGAACAAGAGGAUCAUUCCUAAAGAUUACGAUUUUUAGACUAUGUAUUACAUCCCAUGCAAAAUAACUGUAUAGAAUUUUUGUUUUUUGGGAGACUAUCAAAACUCUUCAACUCGUUUAGAACAGUAUCUAAUGAAUAAUUUCAGAAACAUUUGAUUUUGGAGACGCACCACGCAGGUGCAUGCGUAUAGUAUUCGUAUUUCUUUUGUAUUAUAAGUAUUGGACUUGUUCUAUCUCCAUGUUUAUCUGUAGUACUUAUGAAAAGGACGAAGCCGAAGGAUAGAUUGAUUAUAAUUUGUACGAGUCGUCUCAUCUAAAACUAGUCGAUUAGCAUAAGAAUUAUUCAGAAGAAAUUAUAGUAAGAACAAGUUGUCAGAGCAACGUAGUGAUUAAUUGCAUUCUUGAGAAGUCUUCAUGAAAAGAGAAAAUUUUUAGUGUACUAUCGUAGAUCUAGUAGUAGAUACAUCAUCAAUGUAAAAACUGUUGUGUUGACAAGGAAAAAUGCUGAACUACUUGGUCGAAACAAACAUGUUGUAAUCGAAUGAAGGAGAUAAAUUGUAUAUGCAUAGCUUGAAGACAGCUUUUUGGAAAUUUUGAAAAGUCAAAAAUGCAAGAUUCAUCGAACUACCAAGCAACAAAACGCUACUUCUGAGGUAUCUUGCCAGUGGAAGUCGUUCUGGACGACUACUUAGCAAGAAAAACGCGAU